GUGAACCCGGUCCGUCGCAGCCAUACCUUUCUUUCCGUCCGAGGCAAGAAAAGUGGAACGCCAUCCUCUCGCUCCCCUCCCCCUCCCCCCCGGGAUCUCUCUUCUCCUCCUCCGUCCCCCCAGCCCCCCUCCCUCCCUCCCUCUUUACUCUCUCUCUCUCUGUGAUUCCAACAAUUCUAGGGCUAGGGCUAGGGUUAGGGUUUGAGAGAUGGGACAGCAGACGCUGAUCUACAGCUUCGUGGCCCGAGGGACGGUGAUCCUGGCGGAGUACACGGAAUUCACCGGCAACUUCACCAGCAUCGCCUCCCAAUGCCUCCAGAAGCUCCCCGCCAGCAACAACAAGUUCACCUAUAACUGCGACAGCCACACCUUCAACUACCUCGUUGAGGACGGAUUCACAUACUGCGUGGUUGCAGUUGAGGCAGCUGGCAGGCAAAUUCCCAUUGCCUUUUUGGAGAGGGUUAAGGAAGACUUUAAGAAAAGAUAUGGUGGGGGAAAAGCAGCAACUGCUUCAGCCAACGGCCUCAACCGUGAAUUUGGGCCUAAACUAAAAGAGCACAUGCAGUAUUGUGUAGACCAUCCUGAGGAGAUCGGUAAGCUGGCAAAAGUGAAAGCUCAGGUGUCAGAAGUCAAGGGAGUUAUGAUGGAAAAUAUUGAGAAGGUUCUAGAACGUGGAGAAAAAAUUGAACUCCUUGUUGACAAAACAGAGAAUCUUCGCUCACAGGCUCAAGAUUUCAGGCCAGGGCACAAAGAUGAGGAGGAAGAUGUGGUGGCAGAAUAUGAAGAUAAAACUAAUUGUCUUGGGCAUUCUCAUUGCGCUAAUCCUGAUCAUAAUCUUGUCAGUCUGCCACGGCUUCAAAUGCACAUGAGACCGUGCACCUCUCUUCCCCUUCUGUAUAGUACCAUCUUUUACUUACUAUAUGAAUACUGGUGCUUUUGUGAUUACUUGUGCUGUAUUCUCCCCUGUUGAACUCUUUCAUAGUUUGCUGGGAAUUGGUGUGGAAAUGCUGAUGUAUUUCAGAUGCUGUGCAUGUAUAGACUAUUAUAACAGACUUUUCUCGUGACAAAAGUACGGAGGGUCUUGUUCUUGGUCAUGAUA